CUUCCUUCCGUUUGGGCGCAAUGUUUCCGAUUUUUUUUAAUCAGUCACUGCUGGUGAUUGUGUGCAGCGGCGCGAUAUCGACCAUCUAAUAGUAUUAGCCUGGGUUGGGCGUAAACUGUCCAUUUACCAGCUAGCCGGGCAGCUAAGUCGGCUAGCAACAGCAUCAACGGACAGUUCAGGAAAAGGAUCGGAUUAAAUCAGUCUUCAGCCACAUCCGUUUGUCUCACUAAGUGAAAUGGCAUGUGAUAAUCCUACAUUUAUGAGGGGCAAGUUGACUGAAGUCUCACGAGGACAGUGACACAAGAGGGACUGUCAUUGUCUAUGAGGCAGUUCUGGAUUUUGUCUUAGAUUUAUCCUCAGUAUCAGAUUUCGGUGUUGAGAAGACUGAGCAGGAUGACUGGAACUGAAGCCAACCCUAAACUGUGAGCCAGUGGCAGUCAGGCUGGACUAAUGACAAGCAUGACUUUGCGCCAAACCACAGAUGCAUGUAUGCUCUCAGAGUCCACCUGACUGCUGCCACUCUCUGCUUCCUGGCUUUUGAGACAGCCUAUCAGAGGGCUGGUGGAGGCGGGGCUUAGCUAGACCCCACCCCUUUGCUGACCCUCUGAGUGAGGCUGGCACCUCCUGAUGGACCAGGGUGGUAGCGAGCAGCCUGGGGCCGAGGAGCCAGACUCUGGGGGUCGAGCAGAGCGGGAGGUGAGCAGGAGGGCGUCCGAGCCUGAUCACGGCCUGUCCAAAAUUACUCACAAUGCCUUGGAGAACAUGGGUGCGCUGGGCCACGGUCUGAAGCAGUUCUUCCAACCUCAGCGCAGACGCUCGUCCGUCUCGCCACACGACUCCGUAGGCCCUAUCCCUGAGCCCCCAGAAGUGGGGCCAGAGUUGGGGGAAGCGCCUGCCGUCUCUAACUCUGACCCCCACGCUUCCGCCCCCCCUGCAGCUCUGAGCCGCGUGCUGCAGCAGAUUCGAGGCCCCCCCAUAAUGAAGAGAGGGACCAGUCUGCAGAGUCGCCGUAGCAAGGCAGGGGGGGGAGGGGAGCCCCCCCAGAAAGGCAGCCCCCAGAUCCACAGGCGCAGUACCCAAGAGACCUUGCUGCAGGCAGGACGGCCGCGCUCCUCCUCCACCACUGAUACACCCAGCAGCCCAGCUUUGGCAGACAUGUUGGUGACCUCGGGGUACCACUCCACUGAAGAGUCUGAUCGGCAGGAUCGUUUGGAGGUUUUGGGCCCCGCCAUGUCUCCCAAUGCUCUGUCAACCAGUUCAGACGGUGGUCAGUACGGUGUGGAUUCAAUGGAUGGCACCCCGGACCCUCAGCGCACCAAGCAGGCCAUUGCUCAGCUACAGCAAAAGAUCCUCAAACUCACAGAGCAGAUCAAAAUCGAACAAACGGCAAGAGACGACAAUGUAGCCGAGUACCUGAAGCUGGCCAACAAUGCAGACAAACAACAGAGUGCUCGCAUCAAGCAAGUGUUUGAGAAGAAGAACCAGAAGUCUGCACAGACCAUCCAGCAGCUGCAGAGGAAGCUGGAGCAUUACCACCGCAAGCUCAGAGAGGUGGAGCACAAUGGAAUACCACGCCAGCCCAAAGAUGUCCUGCGAGACAUGCAACAGGGUCUGAAGGACGUGGGUGCCAAGGGGAUCAAACAGGACUUUUUAAGUUUUUCGUAUGACACAGGCAGUGUAGACCAGUCUUGUACUCUGUCAGCAAGCCAGGUAACUGGUGGCCUCUCCAGUAUCUCUCAGGCCACACACUCCGCCGCAGGAGCAGUCGUGUCCAAACCUCGUGAGUUUGCCUCUCUUAUCCGCAACAAAUUUGGAAGUGCAGACAACAUCUCUGGCCUAAAAGAUUCCCUGGAUGAACAACAAGGGGAUGAGCCUGUAACAAGUACUGGGAUGGUAGGCACUAGGACCCCAGGACCUGGGCAGCUGCAGUCCAGCCCAAAAUAUGGAAGUGAGGAAGACUGCUCCAGCGCUACGUCAGGGUCCGCAGGAGCAAAUAGCACCACAGGCGCUCCUGGAGGGCCUCCGAGCUCAAAGGGUAAUACACUGGAGCAUGGCCAGAGCUCUGGCUUUGAUGCUCUGCUGCAUGAGAUCCAGGAACUGAAGGACAACCAGAAUCGACUAGAAGAAUCAUUUGAAGACCUGAAGACUCACUAUCACAGAGACUACACAGAUAUCAUGCAGGCUCUGCAAGAGGAGAGAUUCAGGUGUGAGCGUUUAGAGGAGCAGUUGAAUGAUUUAACAGAACUGCAUCAAAAUGAGAUUCUCAACUUGAAGCAAGAGCUGGCCAGCAUGGAGGAGAAAAUCGCUUACCAGUCUUAUGAAAGAGCCAGAGACAUACAGGAGGCGCUGGAGGCCUGUCAGACGCGCAUCUCUAAGAUGGAGCUUCAACAGCAGCAACAACAAGUGGUUCAGUUGGAAGGUUUGGAAAACGCCACAGCACGCACUUUACUCGGCAAACUCAUCAACGUGCUGCUGGCCGUCAUGGCGGUACUCCUAGUGUUCGUUUCGACGGUUGCAAAUUGUGUAGUACCACUGAUGAAAACACGUAGCCGUACACUUUCCACAUUGCUCCUUGUCAUAAUCUUGGCUUUCUUGUGGCGGAAUUGGGAAGCCAUGUCGCAGUACCUAGACCGAUUUCUGCUGCACCCCAGAUGACCUGCAGGGGCGCUGCUGUUUUUGUCAUUUCAUGAAGGGACUGGAGGGCGGGAAUUCAAAGAUUUUGAUUCAAAGAUGGAGACUAACACUGCCUCAGUUGCACUUAGUACAGAGGGAUGAAGGGAUGCAGCACAAGAGUGGUGGACGGACAAAACCUACAACCUCUUUGUUUUUUGUUUUUUUGUUUUUUUCUCUUUUUUUUCAACAAAGGAGUGAAUUUGUUUACAUUUUUAUGAUCUCUUUCUGUCUACAUAAAGUUCUAUUGCUGAAUUUCCUAUUAUUUGUUGUUGGAAAUGAUGCAAGUCGUGUUCAUUGUUCUCGUAAUUGUUAGGAUAUACAUUUAUGCAAUUUCCCGAGUGUUGAGUUGCGUUGACUUGACUGGAGUGGUUUUAACAUGCACUGGAUGGAGAUCUCUCUCAUCUUUUUAACACCUUAUUGUGUCCCUCCUAACUUUAAAGCCGUGUUAUUCAUUUCUUUUAGUCUCUUCUGCUGUCGUCGUGCUCUUUCUCUUACGUGCAUCUCUUAGCUCGGUUAAUUUCCUGUGCUCAUUUCUUCACUCACUCAAACCCGUUUGCUGCUGUUUGGAACUUCACUGCAGUUGUUGCUGAAUGAAGGAAAAUAUGGAUUCUGGUGGAGAGGAGGCAUCUGGAGUUUGACCGAAUGGGGUGAGCCGAGUUCCCCACCCCCCCUCUUCAUUUUCGGCUCAAUGCCCUCCUAGAGGCACACAGUCCCCUGGUAUAUGAACAGAACGAACAUACUUGAAGAGCUAGAAAUGCUCAAAGACUCUCAGUGCUUCCGUACUGUUUCUUAUAGUGACGAUGAAAUAGUCCUUUUUAGUUUUUUUUUUAUUUUUUAAAAUGAAAUUAAUAAACACGCUGUUUUAAAAUUA